AUGUCGUUCCAGGACCGAGCACAGCAUCAAAUUGCUCAGAUUGACAAAGAGCUCUCAAAGUAUCCUGUCCUCAACAAUCUCGAAAGGCAGACAUCUGUUCCAAAGGUCUAUGCUUUCUUGGGCCUUGUCGGCGUUUACGUCUUCUUGGUGUUCUUUAAUAUCGCAGGGGAAUUCUUGGUCAACUUGGCUGGUUUCUUAAUUCCUGCAUACUAUUCCCUCGACGGACUCUUUACGACUACUAGAUCCGAUAACACACAGUACUGGGUGGUAUAUGCUUUCUUGACUGUCGUUGAGAGUGCUAUCAGCGCCGCUUAUUGGUUCCGUAUGGCUCGCAACACAUUUUACUACUUUUUCAAGUUUGUCUUUAUCAUGUGGAUGGCCCUUCCACAAACCCGUGGUGCCCAUAUCGUCUUCGGCUCCUUUAUCCAACCCGUCUUCUCCCGUUACUUCCAGAGCGGAUCUACCUCUUCGAACUUGCGCUCGCAAGCCAAUCAGGCAACCAAGGAACACUCUACCUAA